AUGGAUGACCUAUACAACCUUCAGGAUCUUGUACGCUGCAUUAUUUGUGAAACCUCUGAGAUCUCCAUGUACUGUAAAAUUUGUCAAAUACAUCUGUGUAAAGACUGUGUAAAGAAACAUUUAUCUGAUUCCUCUAAAGAUCAUAAAGUGGUGUCACGUAAACAAUAUAUAAUCACUUUGAGCAAUCCUAAAUGUAGGAAACACCCCACUAAACAAUGUGAACUCCAUUGUGAACAAUGUGACAUUCCUAUUUGUGCAGAGUGUGUAUCAUCUGGAAAACAUUCAGGACAUAAACAAAUUGACAUUUUCCAGUGGUUUGAAAACAAAAAACAAGUUUUACACAAAGAUUUGCAAGAAUUAGAAGAAUUUAUUCAUUCUAAAUACGAAGAUAUAGCUUCCAACAUCCCAGUACAGAAAGUUCAUCUAAGUAAAAACUCCCGAAAAUUGAAAGCAGCAAUUGACAAACAAGGAGAAGUCUGGCACAGAGAAAUAGACACCAUUAUCACAAACCUGAAAUCUAACGUGGAGGAAAUGGAAUCCAAACACCUGAUCGUCCUAAAUAAACAAGAAGAUGAAAUCACAGACACCAUUUCUGAAAUCACACAAACCAUUGCUGCACUGAAGAAGCUAAUUAGCUCCGAAGAUGUCUGCCUUUUCUCUGAGUACAAAUCCAGAAUUGCUGAAUUUAGAAGAUUGCCUCCUAAACUCAAAGUGUCCUUACCAAACUUUAGGCCUCAGGAAAUCCACACAGAUCAGCUGAUUGAACAGUUUGGUUCUUUGUCAGCAUUAUCUUUUACAACAGAGGAACAAGACUACAGCAUGCCGCCCCAGGGAGCCGAAUCCUCUGCCCCAGACCGGUCACUGAUGGAUGUACCCCAGAUCAGCACAACUUUGGACACAGGGUUUAAAUAUCUAUACAGUGUGGCGUGUCUUAAUGAUACAGAUAUCUGGACGAGUGGUGAUGACAACACGAUGAAAUUCUACAACCUUCAGGGGGAACUAGUGGAGUCCAUCCAAACCAAGUCAGGGAACAGGCCACAUGACAUAGCAGUAACAAGGAGUGGGGAUCUAGUUUAUACUGAUUACAAUGAUAGAACUGUGAACAUAGUGAAGAAUGCACAGAUACAGACAGUGAUCAGACUACAGGGGUGGAUACCUUGGAGUGUCUGUAGUACCUCCUCUGGUGACCUCCUGGUUGUCAUGGACAGUGAUGAUAUAAAACAAACAAAAGUUGUGUGUUACUCUGGCUCCACAGAGAAACAAAGUAUUCAGUACGAUGACAAAGGACAACCGCUCUAUUCAUCUGGUUACAUUAAAUACAUCAGUGAGAACAGGAACCUUGAUAUCUGUGUGUCAGACUUUAUAGCCCGUGCAGUAGUGGUGGUCAAUCAGGCCGGGAAACUCCGGUUUACCUACACUGGUCCUCCCUCUACUACCAAAGGAUCAUUUAAACCAUACGGCAUCACAACAGACAGCCAGGGUCGGAUCCUGGCAGCAGACAAUAACAACGACCGUAUCCACAUCCUGGAUCAGGACGGAAAGUUCCUCCGCUACAUUGACAACCGUCAUUUACAUGUUCCAUGGGAUUUAUGUGUGGACAACAGAGACAACCUCUUUGUGGCUGAGUGUGCCUCAGGUAAAGUGAAGAAAAUCAAAUAUUACAUGUAA